AUGGCGGAGAUUUAUUCCAUCGGCUCCCGCAGCGAAUGCGAACGAAUGGUCCGAGACUGGGGAUUCGGACAUGUUUUCACUUGGUCUGAUGGAAGCAACUCUCACUACACACCACAUUCCCAUCAAGGCCUAACGACCCAUCUCAUCCGCCAAGGAAUCUUCACAAUCACCUAUCCUGAGGACAAUGCCAAACUACACCACGGGGAGGUGAAGAAGGAGACGUUUGGGGUGGGCGCUCGAAUCGACGUUCCAGCUGGGAAGGUACAUGAGGUUUGGAUUGGACCGGAGGGGUGUGAGUAUGUGAUUGGGGAGUAG